CACGCCUCUCGCCCGAACCUCUCCCGACUCGGGCGUGGCAACACCCUCCUCCGAGGCGCGCCCGCCGGAACCCUAAGUCGCGCUGGUCCGGCACAGACACCCUCUCGAUGUUUCCUGUCUCAACCCAGUUGUCUCAAACCAGUGCGCCCCAGUCCACUAUCCACACCGCGGCGAGUGCUCUUCCCAAAACGGAGACCUUAUGGCGGCCUCCUCGCAGGAAGCUCUGCAGUGGUUUUCCGUUGCCCGUAGGCUAGAGCUCAAUCCUCAGCGUGUCUGUCUCGUUUCAACUGACACCCGCCGCACCUGCCUUCUGUGCUGCGCCCCUCGCACAUCUGGCGCCUUUAGCCCGGUCUGUGCCGGCGGCGCCCCUCGCACAUCUGCCCCCUUUAGCCCGGUCUGUGCCGGCGGCGCCCCUCGCUCCUACUAGUCCAGGCGCCCCCACAACCCAGCCUCCCGCCCCCUGUGCAGUCAGCUCCUCACCCAGAUCUCAGCUCAGGAUCACGGCUGAGGUCAAGCAGUGGGUGAUUCUUCCUGGAGAACAUGCAGUACAGCAAGGAAAGGAGCUAGAGAAGCAGUUUGAUGGGAGGAGAAGUAGGGGGCAUGGGUAUCAACAAAACCUGAGAACAUUUCAAGGUGAAGAUGCUGGUCACUGGUCUGCUACAGAGACGAAGCUUUGUACUACACAGAUGACACCGCCAUGGCCAGGGCCCUCGUGCAGUCCCUGCUGUCCAAGGAGGCUUUCGACGAGGUAGACAUGGCUCACAGAUUUGCUCAGGAGUACAAAAAAGACCCUGACCGGGGUUACGGAGCCGGAGUGAUCACCGUCUUCAAGAAGCUCCUGAGCCCCAAGUGCCGUGACGUCUAUGAGCCUGCUCGGGCCCAGUUCAACGGGAAGGGCUCCUACGGCAACGGGGGCGCCAUGCGGGUGGCUGGCAUCUCCCUGGCCUAUAGCAGCGUCCAGGAUGUGCAGAAGUUCGCCCGGCUCUCGGCCCAGCUGACACACGCCUCCUCCCUGGGCUACAACGGUGCCAUCCUGCAGGCCCUGGCUGUGCACCUGGCUUUGCAGGGGGAGUCGUCCAGUGAGCACUUUCUCAAGCAACUCCUGGGCCACAUGGAAGAGCUGGAGAGUGAUGCCCAGUCCGUCUCGGAUGCCAGGGAGUUGGGCAUGGAGGAGCAUCCGUACUCCAGCCGACUGAAGAAGAUUGGAGAGCUUCUAGAGCAGGACGCGGUGACCAGAGAGGAGGUGGUGUCUGAGCUGGGGAAUGGCAUUGCCGCCUUUGAAUCUGUGCCCACUGCCAUCUACUGCUUCCUGCGCUGCAUGGAGCCCGACCCCGAGAUCCCCUCUACCUUCAAUAGCCUCCAAAGGACUCUCAUCUAUUCCAUCUCACUGGGUGGGGACACAGACACCAUUGCCACCAUGGCUGGGGCCAUUGCUGGCGCCUACUAUGGGAUGGAACAGGUGACAGAAAGCUGGCAGCAGAGCUGUGAGGGCUAUGAGGAGACCGACAUCCUGGCCCAGAGCCUGCACCGGGUCUUCCAGAAGAGUCUGUGAGGGCCCUGGCUGCUGGGGCUCCGCCGUGUCCAGUGGGGCCAGCGACAGCUCAGUCUGGAAACCCUGCGCUUCUUUGGGCUUUGCCCCCUGCCUCGGUCUUCCUGCAGCCUGGGCACAGGCACCGCUGGGGCCGGGGUCACGGGGAGGUGACUGGAACGGAGUGAGGGACUGGGGCCUCCCUCUUGCUGGGUUUCUGGUUUGCUGCAGAGCCUUGGGCACCCCUGGCUCCUCAGACACGAGGAAGCAGGGCAGGUUUAUUGGCGGGUACGCGUGGCAUUUUCCUUAUUAUCUAGGACAUGGGAUGGGGAGGAAAUGGUCUGCAGUAGCAUCCGUUCUCCUCGUUGGGAUUUAGUCAAUUUGCCAGAAAGCCUGUCUUUGACUGGGCAGGACUGAGAGCAACAGGUUUCCAUGGAUCCAGGAGAUACAGUUGAAUCUAUCUGAUCUCCAUACACACCUGGCCCUGGGCUGUCUCAGGCUUGUUAACAGCUUCCAGCGGAAGCCACAGAGCAAUAAACAGUUUUCGGUAAAUCCCA